AGCAAUAAUAAAAUAAUGACGUAUUGCAGAAACCACGACGGAGGAUGCUGCGGAUCAAUGAAGAAGAAGACAAUAGUCGGUGGUUAUGUUUUCACUUGGUGGUUCGUCACAGAUGUCCAACGAUUGUCGCUCGAAGUAAUGACGCUAAAUCCAGUUUGCGAGAACGUCGAGACAGCCCAAGGAGUACCACUGACCGUCACCGGAGUAGCCCAGUGCAAGAUCAUGAAGGCCGACGAGCUUUUACAUACUGCCAGCGAACAAUUUCUCGGAAAGAGUGUCCACGAAAUAAAAUCAACUAUAUUGUCCACCCUCGAGGGUCAUUUACGUGCAAUUUUAGGCACGCUCUCGGUCGAGGAGGUUUACAAAGAUCGCGAUCAAUUUGCUGCUCUCGUACGAGAAGUCGCAGCACCUGAUGUCGGCCGUAUGGGCAUAGAGAUCCUCUCGUUCACUAUAAAGGACGUUUACGAUGACGUUCAAUAUUUGGCGUCACUCGGAAAAGCUCAAACCGCAGCAGUUAAACGCGAUGCCGAUGUUGGUGUCGCUGAGGCCAAUCGUGAUGCUGGCAUACGCGAAGCCGAGUGCGAGAAAGCGGCAAUGGACAUUAAGUACAACACCGACACGAAGAUCGAAGAUAACGCGAGGCUCUUCCAAUUGCAAAAGGCUAAUUUCGAUCAGGAGGUCAAUACUGCUAAAGCCGAAGCCCAGCUCGCUUACGAACUACAAGCCGCGAAAAUAAGGCAACGGAUACGGAAUGAAGAGAUACAGAUAGAAAUCGUCGAGAGGCGUAAACAGAUCGAAGUAGAGGAACAGGAGGUACGUCGAAAGGAACACGAACUUCAAAGUACUGUGCGAUUACCAGCCGAGGCAGAACAUUAUAAAAUUGGAAAAGUGGCCGAAGGAAAAAGAACGCAAACAGUAAGCGCAGCUAAAGCCGAGGCCGAGAGGAUUCGAUUAAUCGGAGAAGCCGAAGCUCAAGCUUUGGAAGCCGUUGGAAUAUCAGAAGCUGAACGUAUGCGGAUGAAGGCUGCAAUUUACAAGAAAUAUGGCGAGGCGGCGAUACUCAAUAUCGCUUUGAACGCCCUGCCGAAGAUCGCUGCCGAAAUUGCAGCACCAUUAGCAAGAAUAGAAGAGAUAGUUCUGUUAAGUGGAAGUGAUACGACGAGCAAUGAAAUCACACGUUUAGUGGGUCAGGUACCUCCAGCGGUUCAAGCAUUGACAGGUGUUGAUCUAUCAAAGGUUUUAGGAAAAAUACCAGGUGCAAAGUAAGACAUCGCGCUUGAAAAAAGAACACAGCGACCAGGCGAAUAAUUCGCCAGAAUUUCUUCAUAUUGGAACAAAAUCUUUACUGCCAAAGACUUCUCUGCUAAACUCCAUUAUUUACCGACGGUAUUUCACUUUUUCCUGUUUCCCGAAUCACUCUACCUCACGUUCAAAUGGAACGAAGUCGAAUAGAGAAAAAGAGAGAUAGAGAUAGAGAUAGAGAUAGAGAUAGAGAGAGAGAGAGAGAGAGAAAGAGAGGGAGGGAGAGAGGGAGGGAGAGAGAGAGAAAGAAAGAGAGAGAGGAAAGUACAUUUCAUUUUAUGUUUUAUAAAGAUGCGUUGAUUAAAAAUCGAUCGUAUUAUUAACAAACUAUCUCUAAUUUUUACGGACAGUGAACAUGCAACGCACAGUUAAUACUUCUGUUUUCUUUUUUUUCUCAUUCUUCUUUUGUUAUUGUUGUUGUUGUUUUUAUUUCUUUUUUUUUUCUUUUUUUUUUUUUUUUUUUUAAUCUUUCUUCCGAUCAAAAAGAUACUAUAUUUCUCUUAUUGUAUAGAAUUCGACUCACUCAAUCGCACUCGCAUAUCUCGUGUUUCUUCCUUCCGCAAAGACAAAACUAAUUGUUGUUUUUCUUUUCUUUGUUUAUUUAUUUUUUGUUUUUUUUUUUUUUUAUUCCAACCCAGACGCGCACGUAUAUAUUGUAUGUAGCAAUUUAGAUAAGAAAACUUUUGAAAGGAGUAGAUCGAUCGAAAUUUGUAAACGUUGUUAAAUAUAGACGAUUCAACAGCGUGUAACACACGAGAAAACGUCCCGAAACGCGGCGAAUACGAAAAAUUUAUUUUCAUUCGCCCUUCGGACAUUUAGUAAUUAUAAAAUUAACUAGCCACUGAUAUUACGAAGUAGCGAUCAAAUGGUAACGCCAUUAAUAAGUUUACAAGUCUAUUGUGAUUGAAAUUUUCGAUCAUUGUGUUCAACCUAUGGUAUAUGAAUAAAAUUAAAUCAAAGAAAAGAGAAAGGAAAAAGAGAAAGCGUAGAAACGUGUAUGGGAUAAGAUUAUGUCGGAUACUUUUCUUAGGCAUUUGUAUAUACUUAUUUAAGCGAUCAUAUGCAUGUAUGUACAUGCGUACAAAGUGAUCGAUUUAAAGCAAAGAUUUAUCGUAAAAUAAAUAUUUUGGAAACUUCGACGAACCAGAAAGAGGAACGUAAUUAAGUAAGGAGGGAAAGAGGAAACAGAAAAAAAAUAAAACGAAAGAUAAAUGGAGAGAAAGGAAGAAGUAUAUAUAUAUAUAUAUAUAUAUAUAUAUAUAUAUAUAUAACUUUGAUUUCUCAAUGAUUAGAUUUCAAUCGUCGAAGUGAUUCCAUUAUCUCGUAAUGUACAUGACUUUAAAUGAAACACUUUGUACGAUAGUGUUAACCGAAGUCUCCGUUUACGAAAUAAGAGAUACUUUAUUCUAAUUCGUCGUAUUAAAAAAUCUACACUGCAUGCUCUUGUACUACGUAUCGGAACUAAUACGGCUUUUCAAAUGGGUAAUAACAUAUUCCGAGCAGAACAGUGCCAAUCUGUAUAUACCGAUAUGAUCUUAAUAGUGAGAAGGAAAAUUAGAAAGGAUAAUGAGAGACACACUGAUCGAAACUAGGAUCUGAUAUUUUUCACAUAGAGAGAAUGGAUCAUUAAAUCUUUCUCGAAUACAUCGUAUGUAUUCUAUAUGUACAUACAUCUUUGAAAGGGAAAUUGGGAGUCAUAAGAUUGUCAGCCAUGAAUAAGUCUUCCCAAAAGUAAAAGAAAAUGAAACAAAACAAAAAUAGCGGAUUUACGGCAGUACAAAAGAAAAAAAAGAACAAAAAGAAAUAAUAAAAUAAAAUAAAACCAAGGUGUCAUUCUCAAUGACACUGAAAUUAAUUAAGCGAUAAAAUCGUAUAUGCGACCAAAUGAGACGAAAGGACGUAAAUUCACUGAAAAUAAUCAAAUUAUACACUCCCUUCGAACAUCGUAUAGCCCGUAUAAAAGAAUGCGAAAAAAAAACGAAAAAAAAAACAAAAAAAAACAAAAAAAA